AUGAAUUACUUAGUCGCAAGACAGAAUAAUUACGAUACUUGCCUCGAUGGCAAUUUCUACAAUGGAAAGCAUUUUGCAGCCAGGGUGUCAGCUGUUCCCGUUUUGUUUGUGCUUUCAGUAGUGGGCUCGUUUGCCCCUUUGCUAGCUGCAUACUCCAAAAAGUUCAUGAUACCCGAAUGGAUUUUCAAUGGAAUUAGAUAUUUUGGAAGUGGAGUAAUCAUUGCUACCGGGUUUAUCCACUUAAUGGCUGAAGCAGCUGCAGCGUUGAGCAACAAGUGUCUAGGUCCUCCAUUUACAGACUACCCAUUUGCUGAAGGUAUAGCUUUGAUUGCCGUAUUCUUCAUCUUCUUUUUUGAUAUAGUUGCUCAUUAUAAACUAUCCAGCAAGGCAAAAGCCCAGAUCAAUAACGAGAAGCAUUGCAAGCUUCCAAUUGGAUUUGAAUCCGUUACUGGGGAGCCAUCAACCGAUUUUUGUCAAGGAUGUGCCUGCCCGGGUGAAGAAGAACUGCAAUCGAAUUUGUCAAACAAAUCCUUCGACAUAGAAAUAAAUGAGCGCAAUCUCACAAAACUUGAAAGCUUGUACCAGCAGAUAUUGAAUUGUGUUGUAUUGGAAUGUGGUAUUGUUUUACAUUCUAUAUUUGUUGGAUUAUCAUUGGCUAUAGCUGGGGAUGAAUUUGUUACGUUGUAUAUUGCCAUUGGAUUUCACCAGCUUUUUGAAGGUUUAGGUCUUGGCACACGUUUUGCAACCACACAGUGGCCAAUGGGAAAAAGAUAUGUUCCAUGGGUUAUGUCACUAGCUUACAGUUUGACCACUCCCUUUGCCUGUGGAAUCGGUUUGAUUGUUCGUGAAACGUACCCAGCAGGCUCAAGGACUUCUUUAAUCACUACCGGUACUUUUGAUGCCACUUGUGCUGGAAUCUUGAUCUACAAUAGCAUUGCUGAAUUGAUGGCAUUUGACUUUAUGUAUUCAGGUGACUUUAAAGAUAAUGGUAUUAAAAAGUUAUUGUUUGCAUAUAUUAAUUUGAGCUUAGGUGCAUUUGCAAUGGCAUUCAUUGGAAAAUGGGCAUGA